AUGGCUGCCCACAAACUCCUCUCCAUGCUGCCUGCCGACGGCGGUAAUCUGAAGCUCGGACCCAUGAUUGGCCUUAUCUCUGUUGUUGGCUUGUUCUCAUUCUACCUUUACAUUGUGCCGAAUAGGUUCACCGACACACGCCGAAAGGCCCUGCCACCCGGCCCUCGGGGACUGCCCUUCAUCGGCAAUAUGUUGGAUCUGGCCGACUCCGAGCUGGUCCCGGACAAAGCCCAAGAGUGGUUCAAGAAGUACGGAGAUGUCUUCUAUACAAAAAUUGGCGGAAGUGACUACGUAUGGCUGUCGUCUCCGAAAGCAGUCAAAGAUUUGAUGGACAAGAAGUCCAGUGUUUAUUCCUCUCGUCCGCCACUUCCGCUGGCCCAAGACAUAGCAAGCGCAGGUCGACGGCAGCUCUUCAUGGAAUACGGACCACAAUGGCGAGGCAUUCGCAAAUACAGCCACAACCUCCUGAAUUCGCAAGCGGCCGUCGCCUACCAGCCAGUGCAGGACUUUGAAUCGCUACAGAUGAUGUUCGAUCUGCUUCAGACUCCGGAUGAUUUCUACCAGCAUAAUCGCCGAUAUUCCUCCAGUGUCAUCAUGUACGUCACCUACGGAUACCGACUGCCUUCAUGGCGCCACGCACUCGUCAGCAAGAUCUACAGCGUCCUUGAUAAUCUGACGGAAAUGACUGCUCCGGGUGCGCAUGCUGUCGACAGCUUUCCAACCCUGAAGCACAUUCCCCAAUGGCUACUCGGGAACUGGAAAAACUUUGCGCAGCGGGUAUUUGAACAUGACUCACGGGUGUACCUCGAGCUGUGGGAGGAUCUUAAAACACGCGUUGACCAAGGCACGGCCCCGGACUGCUUCUGUAAGUCAUUCUAUCUUAACAAUCCCAAGAACGCAGGCAUCGACAAUCUAGCAGCUGCAUAUACAUGCGGGGGUUUAGUGGAAGCUGGAAGCGAAACUACGGCAACAACACUGAAUAACUGGCUGCUUGCUAUGACCCUCAAUCCGGAGGUAGUGAAAAAGGCCCAGGAAGAGCUGGACCGAGUGGUAGGAUCCGAUCGCCUGCCAACGUGGGAGGACGAGCAGAAUCUACCCUACACUCGGGCGAUGAUCAAAGAAACCCUCCGCUGGCGCCCCGUGAAUAAGUUUGGUAUGAUGCAUGCUACAAACGACGACGACUGGUACGAUGGCUAUUUUAUCCCAAAGGGAUCUGUCGUUAUCUUGAACUGGUGGGCAAUCCACAGAAACCCAGACCUUUAUCCGGACCCCGAAAAGUUCCAGCCUGAGCGAUACCUGAACCAUAGCCUGUCGGCCGCAGAGUACAUCAACAUUGCGGAUCCAUAUGCCCGCGAUCACUUCACCUACGGAGCCGGCCGGCGCGUCUGCCCUGGAGUGCAUGUUGCAGAGCGAUCCCUGUUCAUCAAUAUUGCGCGGAUACUCUGGGGUUUCGAUAUUCAGAAGAAGAAAGGAUCGAAUGGCCGGUUGCUGGAGCCUACGACUUCCAUGAUGCGCGGAUUUCUCAGCAUCCCAAAUCCCUUUCCCUGUGAGAUUACCCCACGGUCGGCACACCAUGCUCAAUUGAUCCAGGAGGCUUGGAAGGAGGCUGAGAGUAGAGGCAUUGCGGGUGUUUAA